CGCGGCGUCUAGAGCGGCGCCCCAGUGCAGGAUGUUGCAGGAGACGGCGGCGGUGUCUUUGGCGGCAGCGGGCGGAGGAGCGGCGACGGCUGAGGCGCCCGCGGGCGGGAUAAAAUGGCGGAUUUCGAGGAGUUGAGGGAAUUGCGACAGGAGAAUGAGUAGAAGGGUUCCCCAAGCUCCAAGGGGAAGGACCUGAUGGAGAUCUUCAGUUUGGGCUCUCUCUCCUAAUUUGGCUGUGGGUCUCUGCAUCUGCUUCCAUCAGCUGCCAGAGGUCUCUGGGCUAUAUCCAGCCUCCCAUUCCUGGUCAUCCAGAAUAUGGUUUCUAGUUUUAGGGUUUCUGAGUUACAAGUGUUACUAGGCUUUGCUGGACGGAAUAAAAGUGGGCGCAAACAUGACCUCCUGAUGAGGGCGUUGCAUUUAUUGAAGAGUGGCUGCAGCCCUGCGGUUCAGAUUAAAAUUCGAGAAUUAUAUAGACGCCGAUACCCACGGACACUUGAAGGACUUUCUGAUUUAUCUACAAUCAAAUCAUCAGUUUUCAGUUUGGAUGGUAGUUCAUCACCAGUAGAACCUGACUUGGCUGUGGCUGGAAUCCAUUCGUUGCCUUCUACUUCAAUUACACCUCAUUCACCUUCAUCUCCUGUUGGUUCUGUGCUGCUUCAGGACACUAAGCCCACAUUUGAGAUGCAGCAGCCAUCUCCUCCCAUUCCUCCUGUCCAUCCUGAUGUGCAGUUAAAAAACCUGCCUUUUUAUGAUGUCCUUGAUGUUCUCAUCAAGCCCACAAGUUUAGUUCAAAGCAGUAUUCAACGGUUUCAAGAGAAGUUUUUUAUUUUUGCUUUGACACCUCAGCAAGUUAGAGAGAUAUGCAUAUCAAGGGAUUUUUUGCCAGGUGGCAGGAGAGAUUAUACAGUCCAAGUUCAGCUUCGACUUUGCUUGGCAGAGACCAGUUGCCCUCAAGAAGAUAACUAUCCCAAUAGUUUGUGUAUAAAAGUAAAUGGGAAACUCUUUCCUUUGCCUGGCUAUGCACCACCACCUAAAAAUGGGAUUGAACAGAAGCGCCCUGGACGUCCCUUGAAUAUUACAUCUUUAGUUAGAUUGUCUUCAGCUGUGCCAAAUCAAAUUUCUAUUUCUUGGGCAUCUGAAAUUGGAAAGAAUUACUCCAUGUCUGUUUAUCUUGUACGACAGCUUACAUCAGCCAUGUUAUUACAGAGAUUAAAAAUGAAAGGUAUUAGGAAUCCUGAUCAUUCCAGAGCUCUAAUUAAAGAAAAACUUACUGCAGAUCCUGAUAGUGAAAUUGCUACAACUAGUCUUCGAGUGUCCUUGAUGUGUCCUUUAGGAAAAAUGAGGCUGACAAUCCCAUGCCGUGCAGUGACUUGUACACAUCUGCAGUGUUUUGAUGCUGCCCUUUAUCUUCAAAUGAAUGAGAAGAAGCCUACCUGGAUUUGUCCUGUUUGUGACAAAAAGGCUGCCUAUGAAAGUCUAAUCUUAGAUGGGCUUUUCAUGGAAAUUCUCAGUGACUGUUCUGAUGUAGAUGAGAUCAAGUUCCAAGAAGAUGGUUCUUGGUGUCCAAUGAGACCCAAGAAAGAAGCUAUGAAAGUAACCAGCCAGCCCUGUACGAAAAUCGAAAGUACAAGUGUCUUUAGUAAACCUUGUUCAAUGGCUGUAUCCAGUGAUGCAAACAAGAAGAAGAUAGAUGUUAUUGAUCUAACAAUAGAGAGCUCUUCUGAUGAAGAGGAAGACCCUCCUGCCAAAAGGAAAUGCAUCUUUAUGUCAGAAACACAAAGCAGUCCAACCAAAGGGGUUCUCAUGUAUCAGCCAUCUUCUGUAAGGGUGCCCAGUGUGACUUCGGUUGAUCCUGCUGCUAUUCCACCUUCAUUAACAGACUACUCAGUACCAUUCCACCAUACGCCAGUGUCAAGCAUGUCAUCAGAUUUGCCAGGUUUGGAUUUUCUUUCCCUUAUUCCAGUUGAUCCACAGCAGUACUGCCCUCCUAUGUUUUUGGAUAGUCUCACCUCACCCUUAACAACAAGCAGUACGUCCGUCACCACCACCAGCCCCCAUGAAAGCAGUACUCAUGUUAGUUCAUCCAGCAGCAGGAGUGACACAGGGGUCAUAACCAGCAGUGGAAGUAACAUUCCUGACAUCAUCUCACUGGACUAAAGGCGGCCAUACUUGAUUCUGGGAAUCAUUCAUCAGAACUACUUUUGGAUAUCUAGUCCAUGGAAGCUAUUUUUUUGCAAUUUAAUAUUUAUUGAAAUGUCAGAUGGAUUCUUUGCUUUCUGAGAAAUGAACACAGAUGACUCCUGCAAGAACCAGAUGGCAAGCAAGGACUUUUCUUAUGCCAUACACUGAGCAUCAGAUGUAUUUCAUCUACGAUGGUGUCUUCUUGAGCAGUGGAUUUCAGUUCCUACAUUACUGGAUGGAUUCUACAAACAAUUUUUUGUUACAAUAAACAGCAAUAAAGUUAUGUAAAUACUUAAACUUUUCUAAUUAAAAGAGAAUGUAAUCACUGAUCUAUAAUAACAGCCACUUCUGUUUAAUCCAGAAUGAAGGAAAAGUAGAUGGGAAGAAAUCAUGUUUGCUGAAUGGAUACUUUCUGUUUUGUUGAAGUAAUGAAGUUUCAGUAACUAGCCAGAGCUUGGCUCCACUUUUCUCCUUUCAGUUCACCACUCUUCAUGAUAGCAUCAAAGAAAAUGGUCUUUGUGUUCCGUGUUUUUCUCUUGUCAUUUAUACUUUGACAUUACAUGCUGGUAUAUGCAGAGAUAAGUGCUGAGGUUUGGUUGCUCUUUAUAGUUAUUAUGUUUAAGAACACUAGGCAGAUUUUAUGAUAUAAUGUGUUAUUUUUGGUUACUAUACAUUCUUAUUCUAGAAUUUUCUACAAUCUUGAGACUUGUUUUUUUAGAAAGAAAAAGUAUACAGUGUUUGGAUGGAAUGUGCUCAAGUUAAGACUGGAAUAGCUGGUAGAAUUUUCUUUACAAUGUUCAGAAAUAUUUAAUACUUGGGAGGAACCAGAACAUAUUUAGAAGUGGAAAUAACUAAGUUCUUCCUAUGAAUUUAAUUUGUUUCAUAUAUUUUAUAUACUAAUACAGAAUACUUUGUUGGUUGAAACUUUUCACAUUUUAAUGUCACGGAUAUAUUUAAAGUCUUUGAUCAUAAUUCCUCAAAUGUAAUUUCUGUUUCAGCAGUGAUUUUUUUCAAGUUUAAAGAAAAGUCCAUGGAGGGUCAUACCAGAUCUCAUUUUCCUGUUUUUUUUAAAUGAAGUCUUUUGUGAAAACACAGACACAGAAAUUAAGGAUGUUUGAGUUGAAGUGAGGGAAAGGGGCCCACAAUUCCACUUAAUGCUGCCUUUAAAACACACCUCUCAUGUGACUGUUCUGGGUGAACUUUGGAAAGUAGUGUGCCUCCAAUGUGUUUGAGUCACUAGAAAACUGGGUUUCACUGUAGAAGCUUUCAGCAUUCCUGGUUUCCUUUUGCUUCAUUUGGGUUUCUUAGUUUUUAGUUUUCAAAGAUGUAGUACUUUCUUGAUGCCUAACUUUCUCUACCUGUGCUAUGUCCAACUUAAAGCAUAGGGUUUUUUUUUUUAGUGGCUAUUCUUAAUUUCUCAAAUAAGUUCCUGCAUAAGGACUCUCUGCUUCCACUCAUGACAGGGGCUUAUUACUUUAGAAUUGGUACAGUUCUAAAGAGCUGGCUUGUCCCUGUUUGGUGUUUUAUCUUUCAAGUUUUCGUGGCCUUUUUGUGCUUUUUGUACAAAAUGCCUGUGUAGUUCUUCAUAUUGCUUCUUAUUUGCCUCCAGCACCCUAUGUUCUUUCCUUUUGAUAGGACUUUUGUAUCAUCAAAGAUAAGGAAAGCAAAAACAGCCCCUGUGAUCACGGUAGGCAAUGGUUCUUUGGCCCUAUGGCCCCAUGGCCCCUGGCUUUUAAUUUCUUAGCCAGUCCAGAUAGAGAAUUUCUUCUUGUAGGAUUUUAUGUUGCUACUGUAAGUACAGAUGCAGUUUCUGUUACCUCUGUAAUCAGAAAUAGUAGCCUGGCUUCUGUAGUAUAAUUUGUUAAUAAAGAAGUGAUGCAGAGUUGUUAUCAUUUUGUUUACCCAUUAGAGUAUCAAAGACUCCCUUACAAUGAAUCAAUGAAGUCUUUUUAGUAACGAAGAUGGUAAUAGAAAUUAUUUACCUAGUUCUUAUUAUGGAUACCUCUGUACAUUUGUUGUUUUCACAGGAACAGUUGUGUUCAUUUUCUCUGUUUAUUGAAAUUACAAAAAAUUUUACUUUAUCUCAGGUGACUAGCACCUUUAAAAUAGACUUAAAAGUUUUUCAUAUUGAUAUUGGGACAUACUUUGUAGGUAUCUUUGAAGGUAUGUACUUUUCUUUCCGUUCCUGGCUCUGUGGUUGUAAAGCCAGUCUCUCCUAAUGUCACAUUCUUAGGAAGAUCUGGCUGCUUAGUGGUGUCUUGUUAAUGCAAAUUUCUGUUUAAUCAGAUAGAAUAAAGAGGUCAUCCUGGUGUUAGUUAGGUGUCAGCCUUGUGGCCAUUAUCUUCAGAUAUUUCCACCUAGGGAAUGUGCUUAAUGCUUAUGGUCACUUGGCCAGCCUCUAUUUUCAUCUUUAUCUUUUUUUCCCCACUUAGAAAUAUUGAAGGGCUUUGGUAAUUUGAGACAAUGUAGCUGCUACACAGAGCUCUCUCUCUAUUUAUGAGGACUGCUUUCAUUAGCUUUCUGACCCCCAGAAGAAUCAGUUUUAGAUUUUAUUUCCGUUUUGGCCCCCAAAUUAAAAAUAUUUGAUAUAUGUCCUAGGAUAAUUCUAAAGAUCAAAUGAAAUAGGUCAGGUGAGUUUAAAUGUAUGGCCUUGUAUUUCAUUUUUUCUAUAAUACUAUAAUAAAACCAUGAUAGUGAUAACAGGGAUAGUGAAUGUGAUUCAGUUGGUCAUAACUUUUCAUGUUAAAUAAGUUUCCAUUAGAGUAGUCUUAAUGAAUUUGAAGGGAAGAUGCAGAAUUUUAAGCAAAGUCAUGUUGAAUGGGGUUGAAAGAGCCUGUUUUGACUUUAAUAUGCCUUGAGUCAGUCUUGAACACUCACCUUUGUCUGCUGCCAAUAAAGACACUCAUUUAGUUGCAUUUGUGUUUUUAAGUAAAGUUGAUUUUCAUAAACUAUUUUUUUUUUAAAUUCUCAGGUAUGUUCUUUUCAGUUCCUUUGCUUGGUUACUUAAAAGAAAAAAAGUACUAUUUUAGUAAACAUUGUUUUUCUGCAAGUUUAUCUCUACUUCUAUGAAAAGUCAUAACUUAUUCCCAUCUUUUUUCACCUUCAAAAAUAAAAAUUAGUCCUCAUUUAACUUGA